AUGCGCGACAGCGGUGCGGCGUCGCGCGUGAAGCGGUACGACGAGGAGAUUCGGACCAACGACGCGCGGCGGAAGCGGCAGCGAUGCGGUCGGUCCUCCAGCUUCUCGGCCGAGGUCGGGGAACAGAUCGAGGCCGUGUUUGACGAGGACGAGUUCACGACGUUCAAGCAGGCGGCGGACGCGUUGGACAUGCCGGUGUCCACGCUCCACAACUACGCGACGGAGGAGCUCGGCUACCGCUGCCUGGCCGAGAAGGUGCGCCCCAAGGCGUCGGAGAAGAACCUCGAGGACCGCGUGAAGAUGGCCCAGGACAUCUCGAACCAGUCCGACGGCGACGACUGCGUGCCCUUCACGGACGAGUUCCACCAGGAUGAGAAGUGGUUCUACGUGCACUCGCGCCGGCGGAAGCGCAAGGUCAAGCGGGGCGACGUGCCGCGGGAGACUGCCGUCACGAACGAGGCCUCUCGCACUCAUGGCACCAAGGUCAUGUUUUCCGGCUGCACGGGCGUCGGGCCCACGGGCGAGCCCAUGCACAUCGACUUCCAGUGGAUCUCGGAGGAGAAGACGGCGAAGCGGAAGUCGAAGAACCACGCCAAGGGCGACGUCUACCGCGUGCCGGCCACGAUGAAUGCCGCGUACUUCGAACGCGUGAUGCGGGAUUGCGGCCGGGCGAUCCGCGCGCGUUACGCGGAGCUCGGCUUCCCGAACCGGCGCGUGAAGCUGCAGAUCGACUCGGCGGGCGGGCACGGCAUGGCGCGCGGCGUCAAGGUCUUCACGGCUCUCAAGGAGAUGAUGGACCGCGACUACAACGUCGAGUUGGUGCAGCAGCCGGGCAACUCGCCGAUGACGAACAUUUUGGACCUGACCAUCUGGCAGGCCGUCCAGCUCGAGGUCGACAACAUGCGCAAGGAGACGCGCCACCAGGUCGACGCCCUCGUCGAGACGUGUGACAAGGCCUGGGACAAGAUGCCCACCGUGAAAGUCCUCCGGGCCUUUGAGAUGCGCCGCGAUGUGGCCGCGGAGAUGCUCCGCAACAACGGAGCUUGUCCUACCGAGGGCAAGGGCGGCGGCGGUGCCCACCGCGUCCACGUCCACCCCUCCUACGCGGCCCUCCGCGCGCGCCUGGGCAUCCUGACGGACGCGUGGUAG